AUGUUACGAUUAUAUAAUACAAAUCACAUAAAGACAAGAAACGUUGCUUCUUUAUUAGGUUUCUAUAAGAAAAAGAAUAUGCUCAAUCUGAUCUUGAGAAAUUAUAUUUAUAGGUUCGACACGCAUCAUCAGUCAAUUAGAUACUUACAUGCUUCAAAUACCAGAUGUACUUCCACUCAGAAGAAUGAUAAGUUACUAUCUAAUUUAAAACAACAAUUUAAUAACAUCAAACAGAUUACAAUAAAUUAUUGUGUACAGUUUAAUAAUCACUUUAGUAAAUUGAAAGUAUCAUUAAAGGAAGCAAACAGAAAGAUUAUGGAACAAGAAGCCCAAUUCAAGAAAACGUAUAAUAAUAAUAAUACACAUAGCAAUACACACACUAAUAACUCAAAAUUUAAUGGAUUAUUGUUACCAUCAGAGAUUGAGUAUAGGAGGAAAUUAUGGUCAAGAAAAUUGGAAUUUUACCUGGAUUCAUUGCAGGAAACUUUAUUUACAGCCACUAGGGCAUUAAAUGAUGUCACCGGAUAUUCAAGUAUACAGAAUUUGAGAAACUCAAUAAAUCAGAUGGAGAAUGAGUUGAAUUCAAUCAAAUUAAAAGUCAAAGAGAGCAAAAAAAUGUAUAAUGAUGCAAUCAGCCAGAGGAUUCAAUCUCAGAAUGAAGUUAAUGAUCUUUUACAAAGAAAGGGGACAUGGUCAAGUGAGGAUUUGGAAAGAUUUACCAGAUUAUAUAAAGAAGAUACAAUUAAUUCAAAGAGAGUAGAAGAAUGCAAACAAGAAUUGAAUGCCAUUGAAAUGGAGGAAGAUAGAUUGACUAACGAAUUAUAUAAGUCCAUAUUGACUAGAUAUCAUGAAGAACAAAUCUGGUCAGACAAGAUUAGAAGAACUUCCACAUGGGGUACGUUUAUAUUGAUGGUGAUCAAUAUAUGUCUUUUCUUGAUAUUCCAACUGUUGUUAGAACCAUGGAAAAGAAGGAGAUUGACACGUAGUUUUGAGGAUAAAGUUAAGGUUGCUUUAAACACAUAUUCAAAGGAACAAGAAAAUUUGAUAUCAAUAAAAAUAGAAAAAAUGUUAUCCUCAUCUACAAGACAAGUGGUGCUAGUUGACGAUAGUAACCAGCAGUACGAGAUGCAAGAGGACAAGAAAGAGAUGAAUAAUAACAAAAAUGAUUAUUAUAAAGAAGCUCAAAGUUUGAAUCAAGAUAUAAAUCCAUAUGUGGUCUUUAAACAACUUUAUUCCAAAUUGACUCAAAUUCCAAAAAAAAGGAAUCUAGAAUUCAAUAAUAUUGAAAUAUAUAUAUUCUCUGGUACAUUAUUACUCUUAGGAAACUUGCUAACUAUUAUUGUGUACAAGCUAAUUUAG